GCAAGCGUGUCUGCUUGGCACAACCUGUGAGCAGUGGCUGUUUCCCCGCCUGUGGGAGAAGCAGGGCUAACCCGCUUGUCCGUGCCUGGGUCAUCUGUGAUGGCGGGUGUGGUGUGCCCCCUAAAGCCGCUGGUGGAUUUAGACAUAUACCAAAGCUCCUACAUGGUCGACUAUCAGCACCACGGGAAGCGUAAGUACUCCAGCAUCUCACCGCAAGAGCAAGUGAAGGUGGACACCCAGCUCAGGGAAAAAGAAUUUUAUAAGCUCACCCCCAGCCUCAACCCCAAGCUAGAGGAUGGAUACCCUGCCUUCAAAAGACCUUACAUGAAUGCCAGAGACCUGGGACAGCCCGGCUUCUUCCCACCAUUGGACCGCAUGAGCACCGAGGAGCACAAAUGCAGGUGCACCAGCAUCUGCCCCUCCAUGUACCCAGCUCCCCAUGCUUGGGCCCUGGCCCAGGGUGAUCCGAACCGGGGCCACCAGAAUGCCGACUUCCCGUGCCUCCUGGAACCAGAGCUCCAGCCUGCUGCAGAGGAAGCCACAGGCUACCUCCUGCUGCCCGGCUGCCUCUGUCCUCACCACCCUACAACCAAGGUCCCCAUCUUGAAUCGAUGGGGCCCCCUACUGCCGUUUUACCAGUAGGAAGGUCACCAUGGAGAUCCCUCCUCACAAGGAAAGCCCUGCUCUGGCCUCAGAGUCCAGAGAGGAGAACUGAGAAUAAAACCUCGGAGAGAUGUUCCAGCA